AGGACCUCUUUGGUUUGCAAUUUUUUCUAGGAUUUGUUAUUGUUUUGUUGACGGUGAACAAUCGGGAGAAUUCUGCCGAAAAGCUUCUUACUUUUGCAAAUUUUUGAGAAAGUACACGUCGAAGCAUGAUUGAAAUCACGUGUAACGACCGUCUGGGCAAAAAGGUGCGUGUCAAAUGCAACACGGACGACACAAUCGGCGACCUGAAGAAGUUGAUCGCCGCUCAGACCGGCACACGCUAUGACAAAAUUGUCCUCAAAAAGUGGUACACGAUCUUCAAGGACCACAUCACGCUACAGGACUAUGAGAUCCACGACGGAAUGAACCUCGAGUUGUACUACCAGUAAAAUUCGGAAGGACAAGGAAAGUGAAAUGAAUGAAUGCGGGUCUGUCAAGUACUUUUUUUUUAUUUUCAUGAUUGGCAGGAAAAUGAAUGCUUGUACAUACAACUGAUUCCACAAUCAAUAUAAAAUUUUAAGACAAUUUUCUUAAUUAAUAAUAAACGUUUGUCACUUAGCAAAUGUCAAAAGAAGAUUUAUGCUUCUUUUUUAUUCUAUUUCUAUAGUAAUAUUGUAGGAAACACUUGCUAUGUUAUAAUAGAGAGGAAAUUAAUUUAUAACAAAAAAAAGACAAAAAAUUGAAUCCUGCAAUUUUUCAAAAGGACUAGCUUGUGUAAAUUUUAAAAUUCUAGUUAAAAUAUUUGGUGUGUGUGAUUAGAUAAGUGAUAAUUAAAAUGCAGAGCUAAAGCGUGUGGUUUUGACUGAAUUCAGUGCGGGGUCUUGAAGUGUCCGUCAGAGAGCACAUUCCUGCGCGGAGAGGCAGGGGAGGAUUCACCAGAGAAGGAGUUUGAGAAUUUGGUGGGGCUGACGGGCAGCGGCACCGCCACCUGGUUGUUCAGCAGGUCCUUGAUGUGCUGCACAAUUAGCUCGAUCGCCACUAGAAUUGGAUCAAAAAUCAGUCGGGCACAAACACAAUCAGUGCAGCAGCAGCGGACACAAACAAAACACACACAGACAUUGCUGCUCAUUAGUGUGCAAUUCUUGAACACACCUUUUGUAUUAAUCUUUGGGGAAAAAAGCAAAAAUCAAGCUGGCAGUUUCUUUUUAUUGAGUGAAACGACUUUUCAGUUUUCAUACAUUUUAUUCAAUUGGCAAAAUACAUUUCGUUCUCUUUUUUUAGUGAGA